CAGUUGUUCACUAUAUUGAUCAGUGGUAUCUUUAUAUACGAUGUCUGGCCACUUGGUUUGCAAAUCGGGCUUUGGCCUUGGCAAGGUUGCCAAAUUGAUGUUGGCUUCCUUUGUGGUACUUAGUGCUUUCAGUGGCAGGGUGUUAGCAGGAUGUCUGGGAGGAAAUAAUAAACUGCUAUUCGAUUUGACGAAAACAGAUAACACCGAGAAAACUCCUUUGUCUGACAUCUCAGUGAAGUUAUCUGGCAUCGAUAAAUCAAUGAAGAAUGUUGAUGUAGACAUGGAAUUAUUGAAUCAACGAAUAACUGUUUUGUUGAGGCAUUUAACUUCCUGUGGACCUGACAGUCCAGAUUUUGGGACUUCGGAGAACAUUGUGAAAGUACUUAAUAAAAAAGGUGAAAUUGAAAUACCCAAAAGGCUCGCACAGUCUCUUUGUCAGAUGAAGACCGGCAAGACUAGCCGUUACGAAUGGGGAGUGUUCAGUGAUGAGUUAAUUACCUUACUUUUCCAUUUGGCUAUUGACGAUUCAGUGCCCCCAAGACCCACCGACAAGGAAGGUUCAAAGAAAUGGGACAAUGAAUAUAGAUACACUUAUUAUAAAAAUUAUGUGAACCUUACAACUUACAUGAGGAAAUCCCUUAAAAACAAGCUGAACUUUGAUGGACGUAUUAAAAAGAUGGAAGCAGAAACAAUAGGCUCCACAGCUGAGACUACAUCAAAGGAAACAUCUGCAGAAGAGUAACAUUAAUCCAUAUUGCAUGGGAUCAACCGC